AUUAGUGUGUUCGCUGCAGUGAGUCAGAGAAGGACGGCGUCGGGGAGUCUGUGCCAGGCUAUGGCGAGUCAGUUUGUAAACAGUGCCACGUCCGUGAGGUGUGCUAAGCCCCGGGAGUAAGCUGCAGUGAGAGAGGCCUCCCGCGAUGAGGAAGCGGCUGGUCUGGUGGUUCGGCCUCUUGGCGCUGUGCGUGCUGGGGCAGGCGAGCGUGAUGCUGUACCAGAGAGUUUGGGCCGCCCUCCACAAGAUGCUCGAGGAGUUCGUUAAUAAAUACAUCAACGACGAUAUCAACUACGACUACUACGAGGACCUCCCGGAGGGCGUCUACGUCAGGAGCAAGCGCCGCCUCAGCGCCACCGUCAUGAGGAAGUUCCGGGACCUGAUGAACGGCUACGACUCGACUCGUGAGUCACGUCAGGACAGGAAAUUAGUGCUGUUCUGGACGUCGUGGUUCAGCCAGGCGUGGUGGGUGCGCAUGGGCGGGGGCGUUGACUUGGAGGCCGCCCACUGCCCGGAGACAAGGUGCUACUUCACCCACGAUCGUAGGAAGAGGGAAGAGGCGGCAGCUGUGCUAUUUUUAUCUGCAGAGGUGAAGAUGUCCGACCUCCCGUACAGUCGAUCUCCGAGUCAGCGGUGGGUCUGGGUUCACGUGGAGGCACCUACGUCAGACGUCCCACUCCAUACUACGGGAGAUCCUGGCUUGUUAAGGAGCACAGCAAAGAGUGUGAACGCAACUGGGCAUCGCCUGGAUAACCUCUUCAACUGGACCAUGACAUACCAUCCAGCCUCAAACAUCAUGGAACCCUACGGCGCCCUCAUACCCAGAGAAAAUGCCACGCUGUCUCAAGAUGGCCUUUCCACCUCUGCCAAGACACGCAGGGGUUUCCUGUUGACGUCCCUGAGGCCUGCAUUGCUCGAGACGGAGAGCCCCUUCUACGAGGCUUAUAUGAACGCCCUACAUGGCAGUGAGGGCUUCGAGGAAAUCAUGGGCCCGUCAUGGGUCCCCUACGUGGACUGGGCCACAGAAGACGCGGGGAAGGACUGGUCCGAGUUCCUGUUGCGGCCGAAUUUAGUAGCAUGGAUGUCGUCCCACUGCCAGACUCGUUCACGCAGGGAGGACUACGUGAGGCAGCUGCAAGAACAUGUGCACGUCCAUGUCUACGGUGCCUGCGGUACGCUCAGUUGCGGCCGGCGGGAGUCCCACCGCAAGGACCGCUGCUGGCAGGACGUCCUGGCCCGGAAGUUCCUGUUCUACCUGGCCUUCGAGAACUCCGUGUGCGACGCCUACGUGACCGAGAAGCUGUGGAAGCCGCUGGUGCACGGCCUGGUGCCCGUGGUGCUCGGGGGCGCCAACUACUCCCACUUCCUGCCGCCCAACUCCUACAUCAACGCCCGCGAGUACCAGCCGCGGGAACUGGCGCUCCUUCUGCGGCAGCUGCAGGCCUCCCCUCGAGACUACGCCAGGUUCCACCUCUGGCGCGCCUUCUGGAGGGCCACCCUGAGGCCGUCCCUGUGCGAGCUCUGCCUCAAGAUACACAAUGACGAUGAAGUGUCGACCCUGAGGAACAUCCCUGACUGGUGGCGAGAUGUGGGGCGGUGCCACAACCCCGCGGUGCCAACCACGCUCUUAUGAUCUGCUCAACCCUGUUCUUCCGUCCUUAUAUUUUUCCUUAUAUGUAUAACAGUUACCGAUCAACCGAAUUCCACUUGUCGUCGAUCUUUUUUUCGCUGUAAAAGAAUGUCUGAACAGGAAAUAGCGAACUCAAGCAAGCACAGGACACUGCAGUUAAAGGCUGAGUGAACUGUAACAAGAUUGGGGAUGUUUAGAAGGAAGCUGGUGAAGAUUUCAGUUGCUAGAAAGACCGAGAAAAAAUGACAAAGUUGGUUUUAUCGCUGUUUUUCUUUAUUUUGGGUUACUAUAACACUUCUGUGAAUUGUUACCACCACUGUCACCGCAAGUCAUGCGAAUAUGAUGAUAGAUCCUUGACUUCGGAUUAAGAUGUGAUAACUUAUUUAUAAACCAUAACAACGUCGGCACUUCAGUUAAAUUUUGCAAAUCUAUUACUUGUAUUGCAAUAUUGUUUAAACUAUCAGAUCAUGUUAUACAUUUAAACAUUGAUUACUAACGCCAGUCAACGUCGAAAUCAAGGCUCUAGCGUCGCUUUCGAAAUCAUUUGCGGUAAUGGCGGUAACCCUUAUUCUGUGUAUACCUUAGAUACUUAUUUUUUGUGAUUACAGCACACUCAUUAUGAGAGAUGAAACCAAAGGAGUGUACAAGAUGCCUUUGUGCUUGCACCUUUUCGUGUGCCUUGUGUGUACGUGUUAGUUGUAUAGUAUUUUAAGUACAUAUUAUAUUUUAAUUGCUUGGCGUUGUAAAUGAUUUGCCAAUAUAUAGUUUUGGAUGUAGUAUGUAUGGACUACCCAAGUAACCAAUUCAAUGGAUAUCUACACGUAUAAAGAGUAUUGGAGGUGUAUACAACCCACAACCUUAUUAUAUAUCACAGAGAAUAGUAAAUUACUAUGAAUUCCUAACUGAUAUACAUAACAAAAGUGAUUCCAUAAACAAAGAGACACAACAAAAUUCGUACAACUACAUUGACAUGCUUAAUCAAGGUUUAAAUUACCAAUAUCAAAAUGUGUUUUCUUUUAACAUUUCAGCGUCUUGGCCCAAAGGACGUUAUCAUCUCCAUCGUCAUUUCCCUGUAAUAAAAGUAACAAUCUUCAAGGAUUCUAAUUCAUCACUCUAACACUUUGCUUCAUUACACUUCUUUCAUUAUCUUUAACUAUAACUUGACUACAAAUUGUCUUAUGUAUUUGAACACACUCAAUAACCACGUCAUUCACUGGAAAAUACUCGCAGCUUGUAAUACUGUGCGCAUAACACCUGGAUUUUGUCUUUCAAGUGUAUUGGGUUAUGUAUUUUUGAUGAACAAUUCUGUAGAGAACAGAGAUACAGGUCUUGGUAUGAUUGAUAUAUUCUUCGUUAAUAAGUAAUUCAUGUUCGUCUGUA